AAGCAGGUGGGGACUCGCAGCCGCCGCCUCCCCCAGCUCGGCGGUGCGAGGGAGCUCCCGGGAGAACCCCCCCAGCUCCCGCCUCCCUGCCCGGCGCGGUGUCUGCGGGAGGCUGGUCGCUGCCCCCGCCGCUGGGAGAGGAGGUUAUGUAAGGGGAGGAGGAGGAGCAGGACGGCUGCCGCCGCCGAGCAGGCACAGGGAGAAGCCGCCGCCCGCCCGGCUCUCGGGAGAGUCGCUGCAGCUGCCGGGGCCGACCCGGGAUGCGCAGGAGCUGAGCGCGCGAGCAGCCGGCGGCCGCAUGUGCGAAAUUGGGACUCGCCCCGCGCCCGCCGGGGACAGAGGCGAGAACCCCGGGGGCGCGCCGGGGCUGCAGGCUGCGGGCGCCGCCGGGGACAAGUGCCGAGACAUGGGAGAACAGCCCAUCUUCACCACCAGAGCACAUGUCUUCCAAAUUGACCCCAGCACCAAGAAGAACUGGGUUCCUGCAAGCAAGCAGGCUGUAACUGUUUCCUACUUCUAUGACAGCACAAGAAACAGCUAUCGGAUUAUCAGUGUGGAUGGAGCCAAGGUGAUUAUAAACAGCACAAUCACACCUAAUAUGACCUUUACGAAAACAUCGCAGAAGUUUGGUCAGUGGGCAGACAGCAGAGCAAACACUGUGUUUGGUUUGGGUUUUUCCUCCGAACAGCAGCUAACAAAGUUUGCAGAGAAAUUCCAGGAAGUAAAAGAAGCUGCCAAACUAGCAAGAGACAGAUCUCAAGAGAAAAUAGAGACCUCAAGCAAUCAUUCCCAAGAAUCUGGACGUGAAACACCAUCUUCUACUCGGGCAUCCAGCAUAAAUGGAACAGAUGACGAGAAGGCAUCUCAUGGUGGCUCUGCUGAUGCACAUCUGAAAAGUGAGAAUGACAAACUGAAAAUUGCUCUAGCCCAAAGUUCUUCCAAUGUAAAGAAAUGGGAAACAGAGCUGCAGACUCUAAGGGAGAGCAAUGCCAGACUGACCUCUGCACUCCAAGAAUCUGCUGCCAGUGUAGAGCACUGGAAAAAACAGUUUUCAGAAUGCAAGGAAGAGAAUGAUCAACUCAGGAACAAGAUUGAAGAGCUAGAAGAACAAUGCAAUGAAAUAAAUAAAGAGAAGGAAAGAAAUGCACAGCUGAACAGGCGCCUCCAGGAACUGGAAUCAGAACUUCAAGACAAAGAACUAGAAUUGGAGGAUCUUCGAAAGCAGGGUGAAAUUAUACCCCAGCUAAUGACAGAAUGUGAAUCUGUAUCUCAGAAAUUACAGGCUGCUGAGAAAAAGAACAGAGACCUGGAGGAGAAAGUCAGAACACUAAGGACAGAUGUUGAAGAGAGCAAACAGAGACAGAACAGCCUUAAAACUGAAUUAAAGAAUUUUUUAGACGUACUAGAUGGGAAGAUAGAUGAACUACAUGACUUCCGACAAGGACUGUCUAAACUGGGAGUUGACAACUAGACGGCAACAGUUUUUUGUAAUCUAGGGUCUGAAUGUUUGGUGUUUUGUUGAUCCCAAAUGUGUAUUUUACAAAAUUUGACUAGAAUGUUCCACUUGUUGGCAUUGUUUCUGUACAUACAGGCUGAAAUUUGCUGUGUUUUUUCAAACCAGUUGUGCUGCUCACUGAAUUCUGUUGAGAAGAGAAAUGAUUUAUAUGGCUGCUCUGGGUUUGUGAAGAGGUGGAGGAUUCUGUCUCAGGAAUCUGGAACUAGAUCUACCUUAUAUGAUUAUGCAGUUAGUUGUUGCAGGGAAAUUUAUAUCUUUCUUAAGGGCUGUUGCAACCAUAGAAACAGAAAACAAGUAUUUUCUAGUCCUGACUCUCAAUACUCCUAGCAACAUGAAUUUUAUUUCUUUUGUUGAGUGGAGUGGAGUUAAGAUUAGAGGGGGCUCCUGCCGUGUGUAAAUCAGUUGGGUAAAAUGUGUCUGAGUUGAGCUACAGUCAAGUGUAGCGAAUCCCUCUAAGUAAACAUUAAGAUCCUUAGGAACAAAUCAAUAAAGCCUAAUUCACAGAAAGAAACCAACUGAUUUUAUACUUGUGUGACCUCUGUAAAUGUAUGUGCACAUACAGCACAUAAUCUGCUGCAAAAUUGCAGUCAGUCUCAGCUCUUGUACUUCAAAUAAAUCGUACAACAGCUGAUGAGAACUUGUCUCAUUUAACAAGAGCAUCUUUUUCCUCAGCCCUAGUGUUUAAAUUCGUAUAAUUAAGUUAAUCUUUACAUCUUUGAAAAAAAAACACUCUUCCUGGGACCAUAUAUACAGCAAUAGGGAUAGGUUAUUGUUUCACAUAUAGGUCUGGGUCCUCUAAUUAAUCUGGGUCCUCUAUAUAACUUAAUAACUGCUGUGAACAUCCACUGAAGUGAUUUCAGAGAAGUUAAUCUAAAAAACAUUAGUUCAUUUCACAGAACCGCUGGGGAUGGUUUUGUACAAAUGCAAGUUUCUGUUCAAGAGACAUCCAGGGCUGAGGUAGCAUGAAAGCAAAACCCUUUUCUUUGAAGUGUAUGUUCCGAUCUCAUGACAUAUUAGAAACCAAAUUGCCCAUUUAGAAUGACAAGAAGAAAGGCAUUGCAGAAACACAUUGUAACUUGUAUUUGAUUAUUCAGCAGCUCUAAACACAUUCUGAGUAAAGCAAGAGAAUGCUUGGGAUUCCAGGACCAUGAGAAUAAGAAGCAAACUUACUUAACUGCAGUUGGUGACAUAAACAGCAACACUGGUCCAGAAUUCAGUCUAACUCUGCUUUUGUCUCCAUAACAACCUUCAGGGGCUAUUUUUUUUUUUUAAGAACUGUUAGGGAAUAGCCUGCUCUGAAGUUAUUCUGAAAUUCCAUGCAAAUAGAAUUUGGGCAAGCUGUUCUGUUUAUGUCUGAUACAUUGAUGGUAUUGCCUCUUUUUUUAAUCUGGCAAAGGCUUCUGAAGUGUGAAAUUAAUGUAUUCCAACAGGACGGAAUAGAGUGGCCAUGUCACAACAUUCAUUUCACAUAUUACAAAUUAGAUUUCUAAUUCUUAAUAAAGCUAUAAUCAAGGGGGUUUUGGUCAUUUAAAUAAUGUAAGUGAAGAGUACAUUGAAUACUUUUGCACACAGAUAUAAUAAUCCAGAUGCUGGAAGUCUGUAGAGAUACUCUAUCUGCAAUAGUUCUUUAAUUUUAGAUUGCAUCUACCACUGAAGUAUUGUCUAUCUAGCCUUGCCUUUUUUGUAUGUGUGCUUUGUAAUCCUUUUAUACAACUGAUAUUAUGAAGCUGGACUAUUUCGGUAUAUGAUGGUCUUUAUAAAAAUUGUUGUAGAGUGCCAGUAUUAAAAAAAAUAAAA